AAACGCCCACUGCUGUCACUCAGUGGAGCUGCGCUCAAGACUUAAAAAAGAAAACAGCGAUUUACAGUAGCCAGACGCGAUCAAUAUCAUAAAAAGUUUCAGGGAAAGGAUUAUCCUGGUCAUCUGAUGCACAACGAGGCAGAGGUGUUUCUGUUCUUACAGAGUUUUGUUCUUCGUAAAUGAAGUGGUCUCCCGAAGUUUUGUGAGAAUGCAGGAGUCGGUGCUGCUCAAUGUGGGUUUCUUCACUAAAUCCUGCGCCGUCGUGCUCGUGUGUCUCUGCGGGGUUCACCUUGUCGUUGCACUGUUUUUUUAUUUAACAGAUUCGCCCACAAAAUUGACCAACUACAGGAAAAUUAAAUUAGACUCCGAUAUAUUUACUUCUCAAACUCAUAGAACAGCAGCACUUGUCAUCCAGUAUGACAAUGCAACAGAGGCAGAAGUAAAUAAAGUCAUAUAUUCUAAUGGAAGUGUCAUUAAAGAUGACGUAGAAGAGGAACACGCAGUACUACAAUCUUGUCCUGAGACGUCACCACUUUUAGUGGGUCCAAUGCGAGUUGAAUUUUCUGAGCUUGUAAAUUUGGAUAUGGUGCGUAAAGAGAAUCCACAGCUGGUGAUGGGCGGCAGGUAUAAACCCUAUGAUUGUGUGGCUCUACAAAAAGUGGCAAUAAUCAUCCCAUUCAGAAACAGAGGUGAACACCUGAAGUACUGGCUCCACUACCUUCACCCCGUCCUACAGAGGCAACAGCUCGAUUAUGGGAUUUAUGUCAUACAACAGGAUGGAGAGGGGACAUUCAACAGGGCGAAACUGCUCAAUGUGGGUUACGUAGAGGCACUAAAGGAGUAUGAUUAUGACUGUUUCAUCUUCAGUGAUGUAGACAUCAUCCCCAUGGACGACCGCAACACCUACAUGUGCUCCAGCCAGCCUCGCCACCUCUCUGUGUCCAUGGACAAGUUUGGUUUUAGGUUGCCAUAUAAACAGUAUUUUGGGGGUGUAUCAGCAAUUAGUAAAGAGCAGUUUCAAAAGAUCAAUGGCUUUCCCAAUAACUACUGGGGCUGGGGAGGAGAAGACGAUGACAUCUUUAACAGGCUGGUAUUUCAAGGCAUGAAAAUAUCAAGGCCGAGCGGAGACAUCGGUAAAUGCCGAAUGAUUCGUCACUCAAGAGACCAGAAAAAUGAGCCAAACCCACAGAGAUUUAAGAGAAUUGCUCACACACGACAGACAAUGAAGACGGAUGGCAUCAAAUCGCUCAGUUACAAAGUGGUAGAUAUAGAGAAAGACCUGCUUUACACCCAAAUCACAGUGGACAUCGGCAAGCCAUGAAACCUCUAGAGCUCACAAGAAACAUUUAGCUCACUGCAACUUUUCAGAGAUCUUUAAACUGCACAUCUGACUCUGAAUCGGUUCAACCCUAGUGAAAACACUGUUGGAAAAACUAAGUCUGAAUGAAAGAGACAUUCUUCUGAAGGGCACACUAAGUGAAAGAACAGGUGAAUUGUACAUUUUAACAUUAUAUGCCUGUUAAUUGUCUGUUUCUGACUUUAAUGAACAUUAUUUUUGUAAAGUUUUAAUGCAAAGCAGCCUGUGGAAACCACGGCUCAGGGAAUAACGGACUACUGUGUACUCCAGUUCAACACAAACCUGCACACUCAUACAAAACACCUUACAGAGUUUUUAAGCGAUGACAGUUCAAUAUGUACACAUAUUCUUGUAGUAAGUAUGCAUCAGUAGUUUGAUCUUUUAGACUAACUUUACAUUAGUGCCCUGUGGCAAGUACUCAGACACUGAGUAUUAUUAAAGGGAUAGUUCACCCAAAAAAUGAAAAUUUACUCACCCUCAUGUUGU